UGCCCCAUCAUAGGUGUCAGUGGGGGGAAUAGUGCCCCAUCAUUGGUAUCAGUGGGGGGAGGAAUAGUGCCCCAUCAUAGGUGUCAGUGGGGGGGAGGAAUAGUGCCCCAUCCUUGGUGUCAGUGGGGGGAGGAAUAGUGCCCCAUCCUUGGUGUCAGUGGGGGGAGGAAUAG